CUUAGUAACGUAAGUUAGGAAGGAAGUUACAAAUAGUUACAGCAGGCUGUGAUUGUAACCACUAAGUCUAUCUAAAAAUGAAAAACAAUCUUUAUAUAAACACACUGACGUCCUUCAACGAGUUAACAGAAGAAGAUCAGGAAAAAUGCCAGAAGGUCUUCGAAAGGCCACUUCCCUUCAAAGAGGAAAAUAACAAAUAUUUUAAGUUAACACAGGAGAUAAUCAAAAAAUUUGAAAAUGAAACGCAGGAAAAGUCUUGCUUCUUGACAUUCCAGACUAUAUCCUUGAAUAUCAGUUACAGUGCUCUAAUUUUUAGUCUGUGUGGACUGUUCGAUACUUUUCAUUUAAUUAUAUACGCCGCUGUAUUGGAUGAUGCAAAAUUAUCACAAAAGGAGCAAUUUAUCGGUGAUAUUGUUAAACAUUUAAUCGAAACUGAGGUGCCAAAACUCAAGCAAUUCAGUGUGAAAUUCGUGCUACUGCAGAACAACUUGAUUAACCAGAAUGUGGUGAAGAUUCUUUCGGAUAUGGAGCAAAGUGUUUGUAGCGACUAUCUAUUCAUUGCCGAUCCGGGAUACUGGCGAUACUCGAAUCUGCACAAUCCCUAUGCACAAAAUGCCUGCUUUGAGAUCUUAAAUACCAUGAUUACUAGGAAAAAUAUAGAGGGGAUCUUUAACAAAUAUAAAGACAUAGCCAAAGUCAAGGACCUUGACUAUCUGGGACAAUUCGUGAAUGAUUAUUACAAGCUAGCCCUAUUACUAUUGGCUGCCAAAUCCUCUGUAACUCUUCACCUUUGCACUUUGGAACGAUUGGAUAACUUUCAGAAGAUAAUACGCAGUCACAUGGAGCCGUUCAAGGAGCAGAGGGUAACUCGAACAUUGAUCUUUCAACUCUUGAGGGCGCUGAUCAUCAUCUAUGACCGCUAACAAAAUUUAAAUUUAUUCAACACCCACGUUGUAAACAAAACGAUUUGUGGCAAACAGAAAUUUGAAUUUCGGUUUCGUCUUUGCUGCGAAAGAAAUUCUGAUACGAUAUCGACACGUGUCAGGAUGGCCGAGUGGUCUAAGGCGCUGCGUUCAGGUCGCAGUCUACUCUGUAGGCGUGGGUUCGAAUCCCACUUCUGACAAGAACUUUUUGCUCAGAAAAAGUAAUUGAUCAAUAUAUAAAUUUUCGAAAUGUUACUUUAGCAAAUACACUUAUUUUUAUUCGAUAAAAAAAUAUAUUUUACCUUUUUUAUGUGCCGAAAUUCGAAUC